AUGGUGUCUCAACGGUUCAUAUUUGGCUUGAUAAGCCUUCAUCUGAUGAUGGGUUGCACUGGUGGUAACGAGAUGUGUAAGGCCUCCAUUGGGCAUGGAUGGGCGUGUCCUCCUACGUGGUACCAGUGGGGACGCAAAUGCUACAAAGCCAUGAUCACUGAGCGCAUGACAUGGUCCGAGGCAAAAGAGGAGUGCAUCAAGAAGGGAAGCGUCUUGGUCGUGCCACAUUCUCAUGAAGAAACGGAUUUCCUAAUGCGCCUAGUGCCAGAGAAUUCCAAGAUUUGGAUUAAUUGCAAUGAUCUUGAGGAAGAAGGUACUUGGAAGUGUCAGGACGGUACUGAUGAGGAAGAGUACAGGAAUUGGUCGCAAGGAGAGCCUGAUAACUUGCGAGGUAUUUGGAAGUGUCAGGAUGGUAAUGAUGAGGUGGUGUACAGGAAUUGGUCGCCAGGGGAACCUAUUUACAUGAGAGGAUUUGAACCCGUAACCAGAACAUCUCACAUACAUCCUGACCACACCAAACAUUCCAAGGACAAGAUGAAGCUCAAGACACAUCCAACUAAACUCCAUUCAACAAUGAAAUAA